AUGAUGCCCUCAAAGGUUGCUUCGGACUGGUGGCCUGAGAACUGGUGGGACGACUGGUGGGACGAGAGUUGGUGGGGCGGCUGGGAUGAUGGCAGUUGGUGGGCCUCGAUGCCUCCCAGUAUGGGAGGCCCACCCUCCGUCCCCUUGCAGCCGAUUCCCACAGUGGCGCCAGCAGAUGCUGCAGCUGCGGCCACCGCUGGCACCGCGCCCGCAGAUGCCGCACCGGCGCAGUCGCUGGUUCCGGUUGGGGACAUGAAGGAAGAGGUUCAGAAGUUCUGUGAAAAGUUUGAGUUGAAUGAAGAUAAUCAAAAAGCCAUCAUCGCAUCGUUGGAGAAGUGUGGCGAGGUCUGGGUGCAAGAUUUGAGGGAGCUGGACCAUGCACUCUCAAAGGCCCGAAACCCUGCCACGCUGCUUCAAGCGCGACUGCGUGAGAUUGAAGCCCUGAGAGGCUUCAAGGACAAGGCCAAAGCAGGGCACCUUCCUGGCUGCAUGUGCCCUACCUGCAAGGAGCUCUCCUUCGCCCGCGCCCUGGGUCCGCUGGCUGCGUCGGACAACGUCUCCGGUGCGUCGGCGAAGAGUCUCAACGCUGCGGCGCUCUUCGCGUACCAAAACGAACAGGAGGCCAUGGGAGGUCCCAGCGAAGAGCCGGAAAGCGCGUUUAAGGAACCCAUUGUCCUGGAGUCCAAGAAGGGCAAGGGCAAGGGAAAGCCUUUGGUCCUUCCCACUGGAGAUCUGCUGCCGGAAGUCAAGGCCUUUUGUGCUCGCUUUGGUCUGGCAGACCGCCUCCAGACGAAGGUCAUGGACACGCUGCGGAAGCGACAAGACCAGGAAUGGAGACAAGACCUGGCCGAAAUGAAUAGGGACCUGUCGAAAGCGCGCAAUCCGUCGGGUCUGCUAGUGGUGAAGUUGGGAGACAUCCAGAAAGAGCUGAACCCCAACCAGUUGUGCUUCAACUACCGCGCAGGUACAUGCAGCUGGGGUGACAAAUGCCGAUGGUCACACGACGUGCCCGUGGGCGCGGAGAGGAUGAAAAGUUCCGCGUUGCUGGCAGCAGCCGCGAAGGGAACUAUCGCCUCCCUACCGGUGCCACUGCCCGAAGUCAACACCUCUCCCCUCGGCUUCGGCGUGGGCGCGCCGCCGGGCGCGGAGUCCUCGUCGACGCAGCGCGGCUUCGGUGAAAGCUCCGGUGCCAGCAAGGUGGAGAAACUCUUGCGUCGUCGACAAGCUGGGUCUCCAUCACCGGAGGGAAUGUCGCUCAAUGAUUACUCAGUUCAGCAAAUGCUUCAGGAAGGACGUGAGACGAAGAAGACAGGAUUCUCCACCGAAUCCAGAGGGAGACUUCAGAAGAAGACAGGACUCUCCUCCACACCCAGAGGGCGACUUCAGACGAAGAAGACAGGACUCUCCACCGCCGAACCCAGAGGCACCCGCUUGGGGCCGCUUGGAGGGAGACUUCAGACGAAGAAGACAGGACUCUCCUCCGCCAAAUCAAGGAGACUUUUUUCAAAGGAGAAGACAGGACUCUCCGCCAAGCCGCGAGGGAGACUUCAGAAGGAGAAGGCAAGACUCUCCACACGCGGAGGGAGACUUCAGAAGAAGGAGACAAGAUUCUCCUCCCCCACCGCCGGAGGCUUCAAAAGGGCGGUUGUGGUGGAGGGGCAUGCGCCGCGGCCCACGCGACGCCGAGCCUUUCGCGCCGCCUUUCGCCCCGCGCAGCCCGCGCAGCCGCAGCCGCCGGCGGACGGACAGCCGUGGCCGCGGCGGCUUCGGCAGCCCGAGAAGGCGGAGGAGUUGGGAUUGAGCAUCCUGCUCGCGGUGAAGCUCGGAUUGUUUGACGAGGACGAGGAUGACGCUGGUGAAGACGGUCCCAAGGACAACGCGCUUCUACACCCCGGCAAGAAACAUGGAGAGGCAAAAUACAUCUACAAACCCGCCACGGAUGGUUUCAGGGAAUUGGACAAAGUGGUGGAAUCGAUCGACGCAGCGGCCGAUGAUGCAUCAUCCAAAGCCAAGACGGUCGACACGGAUUAUGCAGUCUACCGAGGGCGGAUGCACGACACCGGCGAAAUGCUGGACCGACUCAGUUUGUCGGGUGAACAGUUCAAGAAGGAGGUGGUUGAUUACUUUGCCAAUGCCGAGACAGAUAGGUUCUCCCCUUUAGCGGUCCGAGUGCCCUAUCGUGUGCGCCUCCAGGAUUUCAUCCCUGAUUUGGAGUCGGUGGAAAAGUUGCGCGUUGCAGAGGUGAAAGCCGUUGGAUGCCAAGAACCAGUCUCAUUCUGCUGCUCCAAAGGUAUGGUGUGGUCUGACCUUCGGAAAAGGACGGCUGGUGGUUGCCAACGGAAGGAGGGCGAAUGUCCUGAGAACCGCUUGGAGCAUGCAGCCGUGUCUAGAAAAUCCGACACGAAGGAUCAAAGUGAUGACUCUGCGAAAGGCGAGUGUGUGCCGAAAGAUGCGGCGCGCUACUUUCGGAAAUCCUCGGACUGGGAGGAUGAGAACAAGCUGGAGAAUAGCAACCUUCUAGGCGACUUAGCCCUGCUUCCCGAAGCCGAAAAUCUGCUCGCUGAGAAGUUGUCAGCAGCCAAUACGCCGAAGCAUGCGCUGGUGCAAAGCGUGUGCCAAAGGAAAGAAUGGGUGGAGAUCCUUGAUGAGCUCGGCGCAAAACUCUGUGCCGCCUUGAACAAGGAUGUCGCCGGCCACGGCACCACCGAAGCGCCUGAAGCCGAGAGCGAUGCAGAUGGAGGAGAGGAUGAAGAUGAAGAGACGGAGAAAGAAAAGUGA